CUUAAAAUACUAAUUCACAGUCAGUUCUACCCAUUCGGAUUAGUUAUGCUCCGAUGGAUCAGUUAUCUUUGCACUUUCAAAAUCUUCGACAGGAUGAACGACUGAAGUUAAGUUUUGGCUUCAACGUUCUUCACACUUUGCGUUGGCUAAGCCGUAGAAGACGGGGAAGAGGUACCUAUGUGGUAGGUCUUAGCAAACAAGAAUCUGAUCUGCUUGCCAUCGAGCCGGUCGUUAAGGUAGCAGACACAUUACGUAUCCCCAGGUUCGUACAUCGAGCAAAGUACUGUUGUCAGCACUUGCGUGUGAACGCUAUGGUACUAGCGUAGUAAUUAUCACCGCGACAGUAUCACGAAUGCCAAUUUGUAGUCGUCGUUUGAUUUCCUAACUUUUGUUUGCCCGAGACUAAGCUGCCAUCAAAAGUAUGCAAUGGUAAAGGCUGAUGGCGCAACAAUGAUCGAGGUAUUAACCUUUGCGUGGAAUGUCGUGACGGACUGGAAAGAUUUCGCUUGAGAGGAGUGAAUUUCGAUUGUUAAUUUUGUCGAGCUCACAUGGGCAAGGGUCAAAUUGUAGAUUAGGUGCGAGUUUUUCAAAUGCAUUUUUGCUUUCAAACGAGGACAGGAGAUACAAGCUGUAUUCAACUAUUUCGCAUGAUUCAAGAUGAUUGAGAAACGUGCCGUAAACGCAACCAUCCCCGCAUGCCUUCAAUUUUAUGCUUCUUAGCGUAGCAUUACACAAGUCAAGCUAUACUACACGAGAAUCUUUGAUCAUGUUUCCCGGGUUAUUAAAACGCACUUUUGAGGAAUAUAUACUUGCUAAUUAAACCUUAAUGUAUGUGUUGCUCUAAUUAAGCUUGCUCAUACUAUGGCGAGAAAUUAAAGCCGAAAAUGCGACUUUGUAAAUGGUGCAGUAUAGCGAGUUGGUUCAGUUAAAGUGAGUCAUUUUACUUACGAUUGUGAUUGAUUAUGUGUAUCGUAGCUGCAACAGGGUUUGUCUACACAAUUAUGGAAGCGGACGAUAGAAGGCAUGAAAAUGAUUUUCUAAAGUGCAUUCAGAUAUU